CAGUUUAUUUCGUAGAAACCUACCUACUAACCACGGAGAAGAAGUUUUUCUCUCGCUGUAGUAUCGGUCGCCAGUUUAGUCAAAUUUAUCGCUUAAUUCUACCUGAAAAUAGUGAAUAAUUGUUCGCAAGUGUAGUAUUAACCGCCGAGAGUAGAAUUCGAGUCCAGAUUCGUCGCGAAAAUCGCGUUUUCGUCGCGUGAAAUUUCUCAUAGGCUGAAUGUGAGGAGGGGACUUCUAAGAAAUGACGAGCGUUUUCAAGUGAUGCCAGAUUUUGUUGUACAGUCAACAAUGCAAGUGUAUCGUGCAUCGCUUAUAUCAACUCUGCUGCUGUUCUGUUUGGUUCCCGUGUGGGGCACCGAAAUAGGAUGGAUUUCACCGACGGGCAACAUGAACGUGCUGGCGCAUCGCCCAUUCGUCAUCACCUGCACAAUGAACCGAGGGAACCUGUUGACGAGAGAUUACUCCAGCACUGAUUUGUGGUUCUAUACCAACGACGAGCCAGUGCUCUCGGAGUCGAUAAAAAUCGUCAAUGAUACCAGUAUUGAACUGCAUGUACCAAAUGCCACCGCUGGAUCUUAUAAAUUUGUUUGUAAAAUGAACGAGUCUACUGGUAUUGGAAUGAAAAGCAUCAACGUUGGCUACAAACCCCAGAAAGUGUUGAAUUUCAAAUGUCAUUCACAUAACUGGCAAAGAAUGAAUUGCUCAUUUGAGCAGGCUUACAACCCAAUUGCCACGAGUUAUCGGUUGAAAUUCGGGUUCGAAAAUUCUCCCGGAGAUUUUCAGUGUCCACUGGAAAAUAAGUACAACCACAAAUGGGAAUGCUCCAGAGACAUGGACAAUUCCUAUCGGCAGUCGCAGGAAAUAUACAAUUUCGAACUGGAAGCCAUAAACGUCCUCGGAAAUAGCACGGAGAGGUUCGUGAUCAACCAUUAUGAUAACGUGAUCCCGGAGGCCCCGUCCGAAUGUAUGGCUUCUAACAUAACAUCCAGAAGUGCGUUCCUGCAUUGGUCCAUAUCGUACAAACUGCAAACAUUUAAAAGAGAUUUUGUGUUUCAAAUCAAAAUCGUAUCGAGUUUCGAUAACAAAAACUGGAAACCAGUGGAUGUGAGCAGGGUUUCUCGGAAGCUAACAAACUAUUCUCUGCCAAUCGAUUCACUAGAAUAUGCAGACACAAGGUAUGAUGUGAGAAUUCGUAUGAAAACGGCGACAUCAGAGGAUACCGAGGAAAUGUGGUCAAACUACUCAAGUUGUUUGUUCAACACAUUGCCGAGACGUCCCGAUAAUCCACCGGAAGUGGCAAUUGGAGGAUUCGAAAUCAACGCGUACAAUGAUGUGUUUGUGUACUGGAAGGAAAUUCCAAAAAGCAAGCACAAUUCGGCAACAGGAUUCCAAUACAAGCCAGAUAUCAAGAGAAACGAAUUGUCUACGAGUCCAGCACCAGUUGUUGGCCGGAAUGGAAGUACUAUGAUCCAGUACAAAAAUAUGACUGAUGGCAACUAUACAUUCAUCAUUCUAAGUUCCAACAGUGAGGGCGAUUCACUCAAAUCCAGCAAAUUGUUUAUACCAAGCAAAGAAUAUCGUAUUGCUAAACCGGAAAUCAUCAAAUUGUUGGCAGACUCUGGGAAAUAUACGCUAUCGUGGAAAGCAGCACCAAAGCAUAACGCAAGAAUAACUUCAUACACAGUAUUUUGGUGCAACUCCAGUAGCAACUCUCCGAACGAUUGCAAUGGAUCAAUUAACUUUGACUAUGUUGACGGCGACAAACAAAAUUAUGAACUAAACAAUGUGAGCUCAACACUAAAUUUUGCUGUCGCGGCAAAUGUUGAAGAACUUUCGUCCGGUAUGGUGUGGGCAUCGUGUACGGCAACACAGAAGAACGAUAUCGGCAAACUGAAAACCAUUUGGAUACCAGCUAUGCAGUCAACGUACAUUGAUCUCGAGUGGAAGCUAGAGUGUGGUGAUAGUGCUAUCGUUGAAGGAUACAGUAUUAUAUACUGCCCGAUUAAUAAUUUACCCAGAGAGCAAACUUGCAAGGGAAACGAAACAACUCACAACAUAACCGGUCAGACAUCUUAUCGCAUCGAAGGAUUAAAACCAUACGUUACGUACAAAAUACAAAUUGCAAUGUUUUCCAAAUCAAGAAUCGGCCCAAGAAGUGAUCCACUUUUCAACACAACACUGGAAGCAGCACCAUCAGAGCCACGUGAUCUAGUGUUUUCGGAAGUGCGAAAUGAUUCAGUUGCUCUUCAUUGGAAACCACCGCUUCAUAUCAACGGUGGCAAGAUGAACUAUGAGGUUUGGUACAACAAGUCGAAAAUAAAAGUGUACACCGAGAACUACACAAGUGAUCAAACCUACAUUUUGCGUGGUUUGGAGCCGUUCAUGAAUUAUAAAAUAAUCGUUUUGGCGUUUACCAUUGGGCAAUCAAAUGCAUCAAAUUCCGUGGACAUCCAGACCGAGAUUGGAACGCCCGGAGAGAUUCAGCAGCCAGGAUCGGAAGUUUCGAGCGAUUCCAAAUUGUCUAUUGUGUGGCAACCUCCGGAACGAAGAGCUGGUUGUUUGGAAUAUUACGAGCUAAAGGUAAAAACCAACACCAACAGUGAUGAUGCCGCGGCCAUUACACGUAUUCAAGGAACAAGUUGUCAACUGAAGCGAUCUAUUUGUCAGCUUGCUGGAGCCGAUUCAAAUCGAGUUGAUAAGUACGAAUUCUCAGUACGAGCCGUUAACGUCAUUCUGAGUCCACAUGCUCCAAAUUACACAGUUUGGAAUAAAUUAUCGUGCGACAAAAAGUAUUCGUACUAUUCCGAUCAAAUUGUACAGAUCCUAAAUUCUUACAAUACGGCUUCCGAUGACAUCGAAUGUGAACUGGAUGACGAUGAAAUUGCCAACAUUGAUUGGACUAAAAUAGACAAAUUCGCAACGUUGCUGUAUGGUGAGUGGUCGAAGCCACUAGCUCAUUGGUGCAAUAAUUAUGGAUCAGAAAAUACCAAGGCGAUCGUGUUCCUAACCAUAAUUGCUUGCUCUGGGAUUAUCAGUCUAAUCAUUUGUACCUAUUUGAGUUAUAAGAAAAUGAAGCAGAUAAAAAAUAUCAAAGUUGUAUUACCAGAUGCAUUGAAUGACAUUGUCAUAUCUGAGAAAGGUGAUGCUUUCAAAGAAAACGGAUCGUAUUAUGGCCAUGAUAAUUAUAGCGAAUUUGCUGGAAAAAUUCAAGAUGAUUCUCAUGUUCCGUUCACCAGCAGUAACAGGCAUGGUGAGAAAAAUAUUAACAUGUUAGAUGAUACAGCCAGUUUGAGCUCAGCAGAAGAUCAUCUUGAUAACGGUGUGAUUGGAGCAAACGAAGCUGAUUUACUUUCAUUGUCUGACGAUUUUAAAUCACAGUACAGUUUGCCUAUGGACAACACAGAGUGUGUUCCGGAACAAACGAUUAUACCCAAGGCAUCGAGCAUGAAAGUUGAGAGCAUGAUGAGUUUCUCUCCUUCGGGAUAUGUUCAGGCACCUGUUGCAAAACCGUCUGCGAAUGGAUACGUACAAGCACCAAUAGCAAAACCUCCAGCUUCAAAUUAUAUCCAACCGCACAUGUUCACUGGAAAUGCAGGUUUAGCUAAAACACCGAUCGUAACUUCAACUGAUGAGAGAGGAAUAUCUGGUUACGUUACACACAAACAACUCUCGGACUUUGGCCAUAGAAUGUAGUAAAAAAAGUCUUAGUGUUCCUCUCAGUAUAUUCAAUAUUGUUGUAUUGCUCUUAACAUCGAACAUAAGAUUCCAGUGUAAACGUUUAUUAACUGUCUGAAUUGUUGGAUCACAUUAUGAGAGCAGAAGAAACAAAUUAAAAUUAAUUAAAGAAUAACCGCUGGCUCUUAGAACAAUUUGUUGAAAGAUGGUCAAUAUGACAAAUAUACCCACAGAAGUCUAAUGAGCUGCAAGAUGCGCAAUUAUUGUAAAUCUUAGAUCAAAACAAUAUUUUUUUCGCUAAGAAGUAUAAGAAACCCGAGAAUGAUAAAAGUGAAAUCCUUUCGAAACUGAGCUUGAAUAGUUUUAAUAGUACUUAAACAUGAUUGUCGAUUGUUAGUUUUAAAUGAUCGCUGUGACUAUUCUGGGAAUAGUAUCAACGGAACUGUGCAGCUAGACUGGAGUAUCAACGUUUCCUAGAACCCUUGGCACCUAAUCAUAAUCACAAAAUAGACGACGUAAGAUCCCUAAGAAUGAACAAUGGUACAUCGAAGAAACAGAAUGGAAUGAGGUCGCCUGAUAUCGAGAACAACAGGCUCAACAAAAAUAAGCUGUCGAAAUAAUGUCAACGCGAUUUAAGACUGCAAAGCCAUAGUUUGUAUGCUCAUAAAUUGCAAACGGCUCGCGUAUUGGAACCCAUUUAAAGGGAUGAAUUAUUGUUAAAUCAAGACACAUUGAUACUUUUUUUAGAAGAGAAGAAACAAACUGAAAUUUGAUGCAGUUCAUUUAACAUAGUACUUUGACGUACAUUUGUAUGCUGAUUUUUUUAUGGUGAUGCAAGAUUCAAACUAUUUAAAAGCCGACCAACAAUACUGAACGUCUCAAAAAAAGGAGCUGAAACAACGACUGAAUGACCUGAAAAGCACAGCUAAAGUUUAUAACUGUAGAAGAUCAUAUUGCAAACAACUAUAGGAAAAGACGAUCCACUAUGUACCAGAGUUUCAAACAUUGGAAAAAGAUCGAAAGUUUACAGCCUUAGAACAAUGACCCCAUUGUAUUAACACACAUCCAACUAUACUACUGCUGCAAUAGAAUUGAGUGCUUUUAAUUUCCUAUUCCACAUCUCGUCAUAGAAGUAAUGCAGAAAAAUAUAUUUAUUUUAAAAUUCCUAAACAAUCAAUUAAAUCACCGUCAAUUUUUGCUGAAUGUAUUCUCCGUCCUAUAGUUACAAUGAAUUUCUCGCCACUUGACGCGAAGUUUCCAGUACAAGAGUGAUUGUAAUAGCAAGACAAGAACGUUACUGUUCCAGUCGCAAUCACGGUUUGACCUAGUUGAUUCUUCAAACCUUGGUGUGACCUGGACAUUUUUUUUCCAUAUUAUAUUGAGCUAUACAUGUAUUUUGUAUCACCUUUUUAAAAAUUAUAGAUGAUAUUUAAGCAGUUAUUCACAUGUUUUUUGUUAGAUAUAAUGAGAUGUAUCCGUGCAAAAUUAAUAGGUGCAAAAGAAUAAAUGUGAUUGUAAAUAAAGGAAUGUUUUUCUAUGCUGAUACUAA